GGUCGCCCGCCCGGCCAUGAGGCGGCGGCAGCGGGGGGCGGCGAGGCGCCGGCUCCGCUGAGGAGAAAGCAGCGGCGGUACCGCACCACGUUCAGCACCUUCCAGCUGGAGGAGCUGGAGCGAGCCUUCCGCAAGUCCCACUACCCCGACGUGUUCACCAGGGAGGAGCUGGCCGGCCGCCUGGAGCUGACCGAGGCCCGCGUCCAGGUCUGGUUCCAAAACAGAAGGGCAAAGUGGAGGAAACGUGAAAAAACUGAAAUUCUGGGGACUGUUCCAGGAAUCUCCUUAACGCACCCACUUGGUCUGUUUUUGGAUGUUCCACUGGGUCAUUCCCCCCUCCUAGAUCACACGUGGAGGUCAAUGCCAUUUUCAACAUUGGCUGUGCCAUCCAUGUCUUCAGCCUUUAGUCCUUCAACCCUAGGACCAUUUGGCCUCAGCAGCCUUACCUGGACUUCUCUCUUCAGAAAUCCUAUUUUAAAUCCACAUUUUGGAAGGUUUCUCAAUGCUUUAAAUCCUCUCAUGACAACAGCUUCAGUACUAAUGAAAGCUCCUGGACCCCCAUCAGACCCUGCUCUUACUGCCUUCACUGAUCCAGCAGCAGUUGAAAGGAAAACGUCGAGCAUUGCAGCACUAAGGCUCAAAGCGAAAGAACAUUCAGCACAAAUCCCUCAAUUAAACCUCAUCUCCAGUCUUACAAACACUAACAAAGAACUUUGUUAGGAGCUCUCCCACAGACUACAGCCACAGAGGGGAAAGUGAAUGCCUUCCCCAAUAAGUAGCGCCUGUUAGAGACAUUUAAAAAAAAAAAAGAGAAAACACACAUCCAGUUGUAGUUCCUCCACCUUCAACAACGGACUAAAAGGAGAUAACCCUGCUAAAAAUUUUCCUUCAUUACAACAUGAAAUCCUGUAGCAAGUUGACUUUUGUCAUCAUUUUUAUACUGAGUGAAUUUCUGACGCUACAGAGAUAAGCAGGAACUGCCCUCGUCUUUAUAACUCAGGCUACAAUGAAACUGAAGCUUCGAAAUCCCUGAAGUCACUGGAUGCUAGUUCAAAGGUUCGAAAUUCUUUGUAGGAAUAACUUCAGUCUUAUAAGCAAUUCUUAACUCAUUUCUCAGGAGGAACUCUUACAUACAGUAAUUUAGACGUAAGAACCAGUACGUGGUAUGUUCUUAACUUUGAAAACAUGCUUCAUGUUGAAGUACGGAUGCCAAUGAAAUCUCGCAUUUUAGACAGACUUAGCAGGAAGGAGAUGUAGACUAUUUUCAGUAUAGGCUUUCGAUUCAGAACUGGGUUUGUAUAAAAUAUAUCUUGUUUCAAUCAAGAAAUGUUUAUGUUCAGAGUGGCAACGUUUUAAUAAUUAAAAAAUACAUUUUGUAUUUGAAAACUGUACCCUGUGACAAUAGGUUAUUAAUGUGCAGUAAAUUGUGUGUAGUUCUCUGUGCACAUACACGUAUCACUAAGUAGCUAAUAGCUGUAAAUAUGAGGUUACUGAAUACUUUUAGCAUGACUAGUGGCACAUAUUGCAAGAUCACUAAGUUAACAGAUCGCUUGUACAUUUCCAUGUUUCAUACCUUGAGUUGAUUGAGAAUUUAAGCAAAAACUAAAUGUGAAGUGUUAAAUUCUUCCUUGGACUGAUGUUGAAUGAGUAUAAACAGAGGUUCUACUAACCAGAAGUCUCCAGUUCAGCAAAAUCAUGAACUCCUUUUCUGGCUUUGGACAAAUCCUUUCAAAGUUUUUGCUGAACUUCCCCAUCCGUCAAAUGGACUGCGAACAACUGUCCCAGCUAUAGGCUUUGCAGCUUACUUGCCUACCUCACAGGGCUGUUGUGAGGACUGAUUAAACAAACAUGGUAGAGGUAUACAAGUGCUCAUUGUUGCUUAGCAGUCACAGCAGAAAGGCCAACGGCUGAGGACACCUGCAGAUUACCUUCCCCAAGUCUGUAGUGACACUCCAAGCAAGUUCUGUUGUGGGCUGAUGCGACAACGUGGAACUCGCCCAUUGAUGCUCUCUGGUUCCUAAAAACCAUUCACAAGCACUAAAUUCAGAGAAAAGAUUUUGUAAAUUUCAGAACUUCUUUCUCACAGCAACUCUGGGACUACUCUUGAGACUAUCAAAGAUGUUUUCUAGGCUAGGGUUUUGAGUGCAGAGCUCCAGGUACCUGACUUGUGCUUCUGUAGACUUCUCUGAGCUUGUAUUUAGGUUUGUGACUGAGUUUGCUGCAUCAUGCACCUCUGUUUCUCAUUUCCCCUGAACUACCAAUUGCUUUGACUGCUCUUGGGCUGUAACGUACCGCAAGACUGGAAGUAUUUCUGGAUUCACAGAUCUCAUUGUUAACACAGGUGGGAGGUGGUGGUGGUUUACUGUUAGGAAAAGCAAGCUUUAUACCCAAAGUACGCUAGCUAGUCCUGCUGUGUGGGUCAAGCAGCAGAAGAUGUGGAAGGCAAUGUGACCAGGACCUCUCACAAAAAGUUUGUGUGCAUUUUCUUCCACAACAGCUAUUCACUCCCACCAGUUCACUCUGGUAGCCCAGGGUGCCAGCUGGCAGCACAACACAGUAUCCACUCAAGCACUGGGUUUGUUCCAAAUUAACCUUUUAAGUAGGUUAAUGGUUUGAAAACUGUCAGUACACAAUUCACAGAAUAGAAUGUGGCAUCUUUCCUUGCCAUCAGUGUCACUCUUGCAAGGUGAGGAGGUUCUGCAGGAAAGCAGACUGUGCCACUGUUUCAUUAAAGCAGUAGGAACUGUCUUGCAUUUGCCACAAGCCAUUCAGAAGAGAACUUUGCAAUAAAAAUAAAACCUAUUUCUGCCAAGUUGUAUUCAUAGACAAAUUCACUAGAAGCAGCACAUGAAAAAUAACUGCUGAAGGCUGUUUUGAAUAAAUAGCAUGGAAUAGGAAGUUCUUACACUCACCAAAAACUUUGACUACAGGGCCAUCAAAAUUUCACCCAGAAAAAGCAAAUUCACAAGGUAAAAUUCCCUUGAUUUCAGCAGUUAAAUGCAGAGGUAACUUUUAUCUGUCAAAGGUUUUCUAAUAGCUAUGGACAUUAAUGAUUUCAGGGACAGCAAUUAAUACGCUGAGGCAAGUAACUUCACUUAUUUGCGCUAUAGCUUGUACCAGAACCAGAUCUAGGAGUUGCUACAUUUACACAGCACAUACAGCCACUUUUACAUAGGCCACAAGCCCCUCAAAAUUAGAGGUUUGGAUACCAGGUUUGGUUCCUAAACCCCUCCCCAGGUUUAUUUGGCAUUGCUCUUUCCAGAUUCACCUUACAAGAAGUCACCCUCUGACAACACCCUCCUCCCUUACUGCAACCACAACCAAGCACCUGCUUGGUACUGCUCCUCUGCCACCUUAACUUCUGAAUUUGUCACACCGAGUCAGGGAAGAGGCAGGGACUCUGGUGCAUAUUUAUCCAUGGCUCUGUGGCUUCAAGCCACUGCAUCCUUUUUGAUACGUGAAAGAACUGCAAAGGUAAGUACGCUGCUUAUUUUGUUAUAUACAGAUUAAAUAGAAGCUGCCAUUCCUAUGCCAUUUGGGUGGAAGAUGGUACCUGCAGACGUUAGCAUCUCACAGUGGGUGCAAGCAGGGAAUACGGCUCGCUGAUGUGUCACCUGGUUUUAGUUUGAAAUGCAGAGAAGUGUUUUUUUUAAACCUGAUUUCACUUUUUCUGCUUUAAUGAGUGCUUCCAAGAAAUUUCUUUUCUUUCACGUGAAUUAAAAAGCCAGCUGUGAGAGCUAAUGAUAUUAUGAAAAUAAAUAUGCAGGGCAACACUUGAAAUCAGCUUAGGAAUCAAAGUACACCUGUAACCAAAACUCAGCAAGCCUUUCAUGUUAAUUAUUGCUAUUUUUUAACAAAAUACCACACCAAGGAAGAAAGCUUAUCUGUUUAGAAAUGUUACUUUAUUUUAAAUUUAAAUAA